AUGGGUUUCUUUAAUCACGAAUCCGAGGAGGCCAAGCAGUACAGCGAUUUUAACGACUUUGCCCCGAUACGAGAGCACAAAUCCAAAAUUUCCCAUGAGCUGAUUAGCGGCGCGGCUGCUUUCGAGGCUGCAAAAUCUUGGGAGGACCACAAAAAAAGAAACGGCGAACCGGAAGAUCAUGCCAAGGCAAAAGAGAUCGCGGCGGGCUUGGCAGGUGCCUUUGUAGACCGCAUGGUUGAAACUCACGGCUUAGACUACAUCGACCGAGAAAGAGCGAAACGAGACGCCCGGGAAAGGCUCGAAGGUGCCAUCGACAGCAACGGCUACUAA